AGAGGGCAGAACCAUCGACGGGGCUCUCAGACCGCAAACCCUAGCCUCCCAAUUCGAAGAAAACCCUAAUCUCCGAUCUAUUCCACCACCGACAUGGCCAAGAAGCGAAAGAUCCGACCCUCCGAACCCGAGCAGCCCCAAUCCCAGGUUAAAGCUGAAGACGAGGCUGAAGCUGAACCAGAACAAGUUCCAGAACAGGUUCCAGAACAACAAGAGGAAGAUCAGGAACCGGUAAAGCAAGAACCUCAGGAAGAUCAAGCUCAAAACAUGGAAGAGGACGAACAGGAGGGCGGAGAUGAGGAAGAGGGGGAGGGGGAGGAGGAGGAGGAGGAAGAGGAAGAGGAAGAAGAAGAGGGUCAGGGAAACGGCGCCGCUUCCGCCGAGCAAGCAGCCCCCGAUUCGAACGGCGGUGAGAAUGAAGAUGAGGAGGAAUUGGAGGAAGAGCCGGUGGAGAAGCUUCUGGAGCCGUUUGGGAAGGAUCAGCUGGUGGCUCUGGUGAGAGAGGCGGUUGCGAAGCACCCAGACUUGAUCGAUAGUGUCCAGAGGGUCGCCGACGCCGACCCGUCCCACCGCAAGAUCUUCGUGCACGGACUCGGCUGGGACACCAACGCCGAAACCCUAACUAAUGUUUUUGGCAAGUACGGUGAGAUCGAGGAUUGCAAGGCCGUGGUUGACAAAGUAUCUGGUAAAUCUAAAGGCUAUGGCUUCAUUCUCUUCAAACACCGGACUGGGGCUCGGAAGGCCCUCAAACAGCCUCAGAAGAAGAUCGGCAAUCGGAUGACCUCGUGCCAGUUGGCCUCAGCCGGGCCGGUCCCCGCUCCUCCACCUACCGCCCCGCCUGUCUCUGAGUAUACUCAGAGGAAGAUAUUCGUGAGCAAUGUGUCAGCGGAACUUGAUCCCCAGAAGCUGCUCGAGUACUUCCGCAAAUAUGGAGAGAUUGAGGAGGGACCUUUGGGGCUAGACAAGCAAACUGGGAAACCUAAGGGGUUCUGUCUUUUUGUGUAUAAAUCGGUCGAGAGCGCAAAGAAGGCCUUGGAAGAACCUCACAAGACCUUUGAAGGCCACACCUUGCACUGCCAGAAGGCAAUUGAUGGUCCUAAGCCGAAUAAGCCCUUUUUUCAGCCACAGCAUCAGCAGCAGCAGUUUCAUCCUCACACUUCAAGGAAAGAAAAGAGUAAAUAUACGUCUGUUCCAGGGACUGGAGGACCUGGACACUUGAUGGCCCCAUCAGGGCCUACGGUUGGUUAUAAUCCUGCUGUUGCAGCGCCAGCAUUGAACCCCGCACUCGGCCAGGCCUUGACUGCCCUGCUUGCUAGUCAGGGAGCUGGGUUAGGCAUUACUAACCUGCUUGGUGGGCUUGCGGCACCAGUGAACCAAGGCGUUCCUCCAGUGAUGAACAAUCCAGGAUACGGGAAUCAACCUGGUGCCAGCUAUGGAAAUCAGCAAGGGAUGCAGGGUGGCUAUCAGAACCCGCAGCUGGGGCAAGGUGGUGGUAGACCACAGCUAGGCGGUGGGCCUUACAUGGGUCACGGUCACUAGAAUGCAGGUAAUAUGACUAAUUGAUGAGCAACAAUAUUAAGCUAUUGGAAACAAUUUAUCAAAUCACGGCAUGCCCCAUAUUUCAAUGUCGCAUUAUUGUCAUGAGUUGAUGUGUGUGCGUGGUACAGAGUAGGGAAUUAUGGUUUUUGUUGCAAGGGUCAAUGAAUGUAGUCUAAAGGAAUGCAUUGUCAAAUAUUUGUAAGCUUGAAAUCUUGAUGUUUUGAUUAUCUAGUGUUUUCGAAUGUAUCUAGUUGUGUAGCAUCAUUGUUUUUCAUUUCUCUUCAAAAAUACAGUUGAAGAUAUAUGUGGGUGGGAUAGGGCUGGGCUGAUAGGUGAGGGGAUGAUAAAAUGCUUUACUAGAAACAAUCCCCCCACCCCCCAGAAAUAAACGGGUGACAUCCGGUUGAUCUGUAUGAGCUUUUGUGUUUGAACUAAUGUUCAUUUGGGUCUUCAAAACAGCCCCAACUGCCAUCGGCUAAUCUUUUCAAGUUAGAGGUAAAUCUGUGGCAGGUAGCUAUGGUAGUCAUUGAUUUUUCAUCUGAAGCAGCACAUAACAAUUUAUUGUGUUAAACAUUUAGUUGGAACUGGAAUAGUAUAGAGACUAUUACAAAUUCUAUAAUCAAUUUGUAGAGAAAUCUCUUGUUAAUAAAUUUUGUGAGUCCAUUAUUACUGUCUUUGGUGUCACAAUGUCGUUGAUGCGUAUCACCAAGCAGAAUGAACAGUCUGUGUAGAAGAUAGCUCUGGGUCAUGUGCUUUAUGUAAGCGGUUGAUGUCUUAUUACUUAUCUGGAAGAAGAUUAAACUGUAAAGGUUUUGAUUUACUGUAGUUGAGACGUUGUCUGUUUCGCAUGCCAACUAAUGUUUUUUUUUUCCUCUCUUGCUUUACCUGUCGCUCAAUUAUUCAAAAGGAUUCCAUGUCUUCCUAGCUUUUUUGCCAUACUAAAGCUAAGUUAAUAUAAUGGUGAAUUUCCCAGUUAUGGUUAUUAUGCUAUGUUUGCUUUGUACUAAUUUUGAUGUUCUGAAGUUUGGAAAAUUUUAGGCCACCUAGUAAGCUAUGCCUGUCAGCAUCAUGUCAAUAGUGAGUCUUAUCCUCUACUAAAACUUGCUUGUGUUGCUUUAUUCUGUGAAAGAUUUAUGGUUCUGAUGUAACUUGUAUAUUAUUUAUUGGCCAGUCCAGUAGCAUCCCCCCGAAAUGGGCACCACUUAUUGAUUAUUUUUGGAUAUUAAUUUUAAUUGAAAUUGGUAUCCCAAGGAGUAAUCCUUCCAAAAGACGCAGUAGGAAUUUGUAACUUUGCGACGAUAUAAAAAUGUAGCAAUUUGUAAAGUCAAAAACUUGAUUUUUUAUCUUUUCCAACAUAAGUAAUGAGCUUUUGAGAAAAUAGAAUAUAUAAACAUGUAAAAUAUUUCCUAUAUGGUAUUUUGCUUCUGCUUCCACUUGCAUGAUUCUAGAGAUAUUUUUAAUAGUGAUAGUUGGAUAGUCUAAUCUUUAUGAUCGGAAAUGUAAAACCCAUAUGUAAUUUGUUUGAUGUUACAAACUUACAAUUUAUAAUAAAGGAAAUUUUGUAGUCACUCAUCCAAUGUUCUUUAUGUUUCCCUAACUAAAUUUUAGCUAACAGCUGUCCAUAAGUAAAUAAUAUCAUCAUUUAAAUUAUUAUGCAAUGGACAUUUUAUUUAAAUGUUAGAAUGUGUUUGUGCACCAUACUUGGCUUUUGGAUGGUUAUUCAUAUAGCCCAAAAUUAAAGAGUUUAAUAGCAUAUACUCCUGUUAAAUACGCACCACCUGAGUUGUAUGAUGUAGUUUCAGAUAUAUUUUGGAGUUGGUUCUUCUCAUUGAUUAAUUGUGGUCAGUGAGUGUUAAAAUUAAAGCCUAAAUGCAUGUAGGAGUUGGAAGAAAUACAUGUGUAGCAUUUGUGUCAUGUCUAAUAUCUGAACAAUUGGUAAUGCAUAUUUUGUAACCUGUGGACUGCACUGGUUGAUGAUUAUUUGCUGAUGCAAUAUAAGAUCAAGGCUGAAGCAGUCACUUCUUCAAUAAACAUCUAUUUUUGGUUGGCUGUGGGAUUCUGAUGGCUAAGCUAGAUUGUUGUAUUAGAAACUAUCAAUAUGCUACCUUUUUAUCCUGCCCUUAAUUGUAUUUUUGAUCUUGGAUGUUUGACCUGUGUUUGACUUUCAGGAUCCCUGAUCUUAGUAAAAGAUGAUACCCAAUCCUCUAAUCAAGUGCUCUGCAUGACAAGGCAUUUCUGUUAUCAUUCAAGAUUUUAUAUAGUUCACCUUAUAGUUA